GGGAAAAACGUGUUUUCUUGAAUUCCCUGGAUCAAUGUUUGGUUGGGAUCGUGAAAUCACCGAGUUUGCGAAUUCUGCCAGGAGAAGUUGGCCAAAGUCGCACAGCGCGAUCAACCAGACAGCAAUCCGGAGGUGUUGGAGGAGCAGAAGGCUGCCAGACGGAAGUUGUUGGAGGACAAGAUCGCGAAGGUGGCGCGCCGCGAGCAAUCAGCCGACCCGGAGAUGGAAGAGGCGUCGGUGUCAUCGUCAUCCCCACGGAAAGGAUUGCUGGAGUACAAGGAGGAGCUGUUGGAGCAAGAUCAGCCGAAGAUCUUGCGCCAGCACUCGGGCCUUUCCAGCCUUUCUGAGGAUUAUCCUUUGGAGUUGGAAGAGGUGAAAAAACAGCUGAGCGAAGCACAGGAGGCGGCCUCUGAGGCACAGGCCCGUGCCAAGACGGUGGAGGAGCAGCGAGCUAAAGAGGCUCAAGAGCAGCACGCGCGGAAGGAACGGACGCGCAAGUUGCUGGAGGAGAAGCUUUCGGCCACGCGUCGUGGUGUGAAGCCGACCACCAACGUUCCGGAGUUGGCCGAGGUGAAGAGACAGCUGAGUGAAGCACAAGAGUUGGCCACCGAGGC